AUGGUUAUCUUUGCAGAUAGACUUGGCGGCAUCGCCGUCACAAAUCUGCCACUUUUGUAUUUGAUGGCUGCCAAGAACUACCCGUUGAAGAAAUUCACGGCUUGGUCGUAUGAGCAGCCGAACACUAUGGAUAGAGCUGUUGGAAGAGUCUGUGUUGUUACUGCUAUUGGGCACUUUGGCAUCUUUGCCUACGUUUGGUCCCCAACGUUGGUAUGCUUUCCAUCCUAAGCCUGGAAAUGAUCGUCUCAACGUCCUGGCACCCCUCAGGUAA